AUGGUGAAGGAACUACAGUCUGCGCACUACCAAUAUAAAAAGAAAAGCCAGACAUCGUACAGUAUCAGACCUGAUCUUUGGACAGUACAAUUCUAUCCACCAAAGAUGAAACUGAUCGUUGCACUUGCUGCCCUCUGUGGCGCUGUUUCUGCUAUGAGCCCUCCCCAGCCCAGUUGGACUCCCGCCCCCGAGAGAGAGCCUAUCUCAUGCGUCGAGAAGGAUCAACUCAAUAACAUCUGUGGCAAGAACAAGAGACCUAUCGUAAGCGAUUUCGAGUGCUGCCAAUGGAGCGGACAGUGCGGCUAUGGAAUCCCCAAGUGCUUGGAGCGUAACUGCUGCGAGGACAAGCGCACACCUGCUCCUAAGCCACCUGCCCAAACCGACACCCCCAGCAAGCCCACCGAUACCCACCCCGAGCCCACAGCAUCCACCCCCAAGCCAACACCGAUUCCUACACCUUUGCCAGUUGUUCCCUGUGGAAUCACAGUCGGCGCUGAAUACUUCGAUGACUACGUUUGUGAUGCUAAAAAACAUUCGAUUGUUAACUUCCCCAAGGAAUGUUGCGCGGAGAAGGAUGGCGCGUGUGGAGAUAUCCCUUUCUGCAGCGAGAAACAAUGCUGUAUGCCUGAGAAAGACCUACCCGAGUUGGUCAUGACAUGCCCAAUGAAGCUUGAAAUCGAGAAGAAGGAAAACCACCGCAUUGCAUACACUUGUGACGAUGACUUCCAUGUUAGAGAUGAUGGUUACCUUUGCUGCCGAUGGUCCACCUCAGUCACUGAGAAAAAGAAGCCAGAAUGCUACGAAUUCGGAGUUUUUCAGAAGUGCCGCGAGUCUAGUUGCUGCGUACCCAACGAGGAAUUCGAGGACGAUUAUUAAGUUGAUGUAGUUCUGUGUCGUGCGAAAGAUUUCUGGUUGCUGCGUGUAUUCAGAAUAAUGAUCAACGGAUGCUCUCUAGUUUUAGAAUAAGCGGGCUUUAAUAGAUUUUGUUUGGGCAAGGAUGUCUUCAAUAUUGAACUCAACAGUGGAAAAAAAAACAUUGCUGACAACAUUGUGACAAGUUGUCGGAUGUUAUAAAGUAUUCUCUUUUACAUAAUAACAAAUAAAAAAAUACUGCGACUUG